AUGAUAACCAUCAACCAAAACAAAGCUUCAGAUGUACCAUCAUGUAAGAUCAAACUCAGACAAUUUCUAUCUGCAGAAAAUAGAAAGUUGCAGCAAGUUUCCUAUGAACAAAAAGAAGCCCAAUCUCAUGUCCUAUGUGUGAGUUAUUGCCAUGCUGAUCCUCAGUGUCACUCAGUCAAUUACAACAUUGACAAUCAUCUGUGUGAGCUCAACAAUGCUACCAGGGCUCAGUAUCCUGAUGACUUCAUCAUACACUGUGGUAGUGUAUACUUUGAUGCUGAUGUAGAAACACCUCACUACUCUCUACCUGACCAACCACUUCCCACACAGCCUGGUACACAGCCUGGCAGUUGCCAGGAGCUUCUUGAGGCAGGUCAUGGGAGUGGUAUCUAUACAAUAUUCUCUGCUGGUAUCAAUGAUGGCCUGGAAGUCUACUGUGACAUGGACACUGAUGGUCAGGGCUGGAUGGUCAUUCAGAGGCGUCAAGAUGGCAGUGUCGAUUUCUACCGUAACUGGGUUGAGUAUCGGGCUGGCUUUGGUGACAAGUCUGGUGAAUUCUGGCUUGGAAAUGAUAACUUACGUACCCUUACUGAGUCUGCAGGACCAUGGAAGCUGAAGAUUGAGAUGGUUGACUUUAAUGGAAAUGAAGUAUUUGCUGAAUAUGGACACUUCAAGAUUUCAGGUGAAAACUUCACUUUAGAGGUUGGUUCAUACAAUGCCAACAGCACAGUGAGGGAUUCACUCGCAUACCACAAUGGAAAGAUGUUCAGCACCAAGGACAAGGAUAAUGAUGCACAAACUCAGGAUAACCAGUUCACAGGAGGAUGGUGGUAUUGGAAAGGCUAUGAAGCUAAUCUAAAUGGUAAGUAUUAUCAUGAAGCAUCAUCCUCAAUUUCCGCAUUGCUUUGGGCCUCACCUGUCUCACCGCAUGGCUUCUUUGCGGUCAAAGAAUGCAUCAUGAAAAUUUAUCAAAUAAAAUGUAUGAAUUGA